AGGCGGAGUUACCUUCACACACAGUUGUUGUAUUCAAGAGUACAGUCACCGUGUGCGGACCGUGGGACACACCGAGAGCAAAAAAAAACAAAAAAAAGCGGCGCUAAACGGGCUGAACAUGAGCCUUCGGACCUCAGACUGUGUGAGCUGGAAACUGGUCCCAGUACCGAACUAAAGCCCCCAGCAAGCGCCUCUCGGGCUCCAGAUGGGAGGUUAUUAUGCCCGGGGUAAGCGGAGUAAGCGUGUCCGUGCGAAGUUUGUCUGAGGAGGAGAAAUACCUCAGCAGCCGGAUGGACCGGAAUACGGAGGCCGGAUUACUUGGCCUGCCUCUGUCGAUGCGUCGGGGUUCUUCGGACAACAACCUGGACCUGGACCUCAACGACGGGAGCCCCCGCCAGGCUGUCGUCUCGGAGGUCCACCGGAGUCGCUCCUGCCUGGACAACCUCCAGCAGAAGAUCCUGAAAGUCACGGAGCAGCUGAAGAUCGAGAAGGCCGCCAGAGACGAGAACGUGGUGGAGUAUCUGAAGCUGGUGAACAGCGUGGACAAACAGCAGCUGGGGCGCAUCAAGCAGGUGUUUGAGAAGAAGAACAUCAAGUCGUCACAGAACAUCGCGCAGAUGCAGAAGAAGCUGGAGCAGUACCAUCGGAAGAUGAAGGACAGCGAGGUUCUCCAAAGCCCGCCACCCCGGCCGCCCUCGGCCAAACGCAGCACCAUACCCAGGGAGUCGCCUCGACAGCUGAGGGACAUGACCAGCAGCGGGCGCCACCCGACCAUGGACAAGAUCAAAACCAUCGGGCCCGGCGUUUCUCUCUCCCCUCCUUUCUUCUUCAGCAAACCCAGGGAGUUUGCCAACCUCAUCCGGAACAAGUUUGGCAGUGCCGACAACAUCGCUCAGCUCAAAAGCAACCUGGACGCGUCGUCCGACGGAAAGGGGCUGAGCAGCAGCACGUCUUUGGUUAGCAAGGCCAAGUAUCCCAGCGACGACGAAUGCUCCUCAAUUUCGGCAGACAGCAACGGGAACCCCGGUGCGGGCGGAGCCGUGGUGGGGCAGGGGCAGCAGCCCGGGGGAGACGGCCACGGCAAGUURGAGCUUGUCUACGAGGAGGUGAGAGAGAUAAGAGAGGUCCAGAGCCAGCUGGAGGAAGACAUGGACGAGAUUAAAGAGCAGUUCAAGAGGGAGUACAGUAUUCUGAGCCAAACACUACAAGAGGAGAGGUACAGGUAUGAGCAUCUGGAGGACCAGCUGAACGACCUGACAGAACUUCAUCAAAACGAGAUGGCAAAUCUGAAGCAGGAGCUGGCCAGUGUCGAGGAGCGGGUGACCUACCAGGCCCAGGAAAGAGCCCGGGACAUACAGGAGGCCCUGGAGUCGUGUCAGACUCGCGUCUCCAAGCUGGAGCUCCAGCAGCAGCACCAGCAGCAAACGGUGCAGCUCGAGAGCCCGGACGCUCGGGUCUUACUGGGGAAGAGCAUCAACAUCAUGCUGGCCAUCAUCACCGUCAUCCUGGUGUGCGUCUCCACCGCUGCCAAGUUCGCCGCGCCGCUGAUGAAGAGCCGGUAUCACAUGGCCGCGACGCUGCUGGGCGUGUGCUUUCUGACCGUGUUCUGGAAGAACUGGGAUCGUUUACAGUACGCCAUAGACAGACUGCUGGUGCCCGAUUAACAACGAKAAGAUCGCUCUGAAACUCUGAUUAACUUAAUCACCUUUAGUUGCAAUAGGCGUCUAAGAAGAUUGGUUGUACAAUCUUCAAAGGACGCAAUYGCCGUCAUUUUUAGAGGUUUGCGUUUUUAAAGACCGACUUAAAUUGAAUUUCUUUUGUUAUUUGUUUGAAUGGAAUUUUAAUGUGUUUAACUCUGCUAAAGUAUAAAAAAAAUACUAUUUUAAUGUUUUAGUCAAUUUUGCUACUUUCUCAUUGAAAUUUUCACAAAAUAGUUUAGGUCAGAGCCAGAAUUAAACAAGGUGAGAAAGUUUGUUUACUGAAGAAAAAUGCAGCCCAUUCCAUCCCAUUUUGUUGCAGUCGGAUUAUCACACACUCAGGAACAAGACAUUACUAAUACUAAUAGUCACUUUUUGGCCUAAAAGAGUGGUUGGGCAAAAAUACUCUUCCUUUGUUUUUGGCAAGUUCUUAGCUUCGCAUUAAGACACCAACAAGGAUCCUUCUCAGACUCACAAACUAGAUUCUACCCCAAAAUUGCAAACUAGAAGCGAAAGCCCUCUAUUUCUAGAGGUUUGUUCAGAAAAUACUUUAAAAAUACACCUUUUUGCUUUCUCUCAACUGCUAACACACUGCUAGCAGCAAGUAAGACUAAUUUUGCAUCACAUCAGUCAUGAUUUGCUAUUUUGAUCAUGUCAAUUAAGACAAGCAAACAAAAAAAAAGAUCCCUAAAAUAUACAAACUGGAACAACUACUAAAUUCRGAUGGGUUUGGUUUCCAGGCAUUUCUAAUAUUCACUUGCCUCUACUUACCUGUAAUUCUCUAUGCAGGUCAGCAGUUAGCUAAGUUUAGCAAUGAAUAAGCAGCAAAUUGCUAAGCUAAGCUUCUAAUUUGACUGUUACAUAGCAGAUGUUGUAAAAAUAUGGAAAAAGUCUGCAUUUUAGCACUAUUUUAGAACUAUUUUAGAAUUUCUGAACUAGACGUUUUCACCUAUUUUAAAUAUUUGUUAGCUAAGCAAUUAGACUUCUGUCUUUGAAAAUUUUUAAAUAAGCUGUUCAGRGGAGGAAGAGAUMAUUUAUAGUUUAUUUUUAUCUAAAAAYGAAAUUGGAAACUUUCACAAAUACACCUACCURCUUCCUUCUUGCCAGUAACCUAAAUKUAGCUUAGUAUCAAWUUUGAAACACAAUGCUCAACUAAGCUAAACAAACACAUUGAGAUCCUCAAAUGAGUGGCUGUUCAAAUUCAGCAAGCCAACAUCAAAACCUAUUGUUUAAAAUGCACUUACUUGUUUGUUAGCUCGUGCUAAUAGCUACUUGGCUAAGUUCUGCCAACAAAACGCCAUCAAAUUACUAAGCYAACCUCAUUUGAAAGACAUGUUCUCCAAAAUAUGCAAAGUAGAAACACAGGCUCUCUAUUUUGAAGUUUGGUUUGCAGAUUUUGUUGCGUUUGCAGUCUGAGCUACACUACCAGACUGCUGCGUUGCCAAAUAUCGAACUAUUCCACUUAAGGGAGAAACUACAGACUAAAGCUAAUGCGUCUGUUCAUCAUUCUUAGUCUCUGUUACCGUUUGCGUUGUGUUCAUCUGUCUCAUUUAACUGUUGUUGUUUAAUGUGCAAUAUAUUUGAUUUCUUGGAGCACUGUUUUUUUUCCUUUUUUUAAAAAAAUAAUUCUUAAAGGAGUGAGCGUUUUACAUUACUGAUUUACAGCAGUGACAGGGGUUUGUUGCUGAAGAAACGUGUAAAGAAGUUGUCAUCAGUGCUGACAUGAGAGAUCCAUAAACAUCUAACCCACUGCUGGACUCUGAUAAAACCAGCUGUCUCCUCUCUUAAAGGCCAAAAAUCAAUGGAGCUGCAUUAUCUUGCUGGUCGCCUGGUAACAACAACACAGCAGUACUCCAGUGCAGCCACACACACACAAAUGCACAAAAAGGCACAAACCCACAUUUUGUUGCUUGGUUUUUCUAUGUUAUAAAAGUCUUAAGCGCUUACCCAGUUUCAKUACUCUGUUUUCUAAUAAUGUGAUGUGGAGCAGGUGGAUUAUACUGUGAGAURGGGCUUUUUUUUCUUACAACUAAGGGCAGUUCUUUUUAAUAAACUGCCUUGAGUUUCUGAGGAAAACAUCACUGUGUUUUGUGAUUAACUACAAGCCAAUGUUUUUGGAAUCACUAAUGUAAUAUUUUAUGUUUUAUCUAAUGAGCAUUGUCUAAGAAGGACAGCACAUAAAUGUAUAAGGACCACUGAUGAUGUUUCUAAAUCCGUAGUAGCACAGUUUUUGUCACUGUUUAUUGCACCUUUUUGUUUUUGUAGAUUAAAUUUGUUSUUCUUCUUCUUGUUUUUUUCUUUUGACAUAUUUGAGGAAGUUUYUCCAUGAUCUCGUUUACAUUCUGUAUUUUCCUCCGGUGCACUAUGUGGUCAAUCAGUUGUAUGUUUAUGCAUUCUGUGCCUUUGUCUGAUCAUUUCUGUUAAAUUAAACAUUUUUAAUCAACA